UAGGUACAGGAGUAAACAGAUGAAAAGGAGGGUAUUCUUGCCCCGCUAGCCUGCAGCUGUAUUUUGAAACGGCUUCUGUUGGCUCAGAUCUCGCACAGAAAUCCACUCCGGGUUUUCCACCGGGCCCCAAAAAUCUAUGAAAUGUGUUUGCAUGUUCCUCUCUGCAAACGGGGAUGUAGAGGUGGGAUUGCAAGCGCCGAGAAAGCUCGGGGAACCCACGCGUUCAACACAGCCUCAGAGAAAGUGCGCUUUUCUCAUUGAAGCGACGCAAAAUCUGAAUUUUAUUUUAUUUAAUUUCUCUUCACGUUUGUCACUAACAAGCAGGCACAGGGUUAGGAUUGUGUCUUUGGAAAAAGAAGCUUUUUGUGCCCCUGUCUUUCCUUGUCUUCUUUCUUUCUCUUUUUUUUUUUGUCACCAUUCGCCACGGAAAGGCUGGGAGAGACACGGACCGCUCGGACUGUGGGAGCCCUCCCUUCUGUUUGAAUCUGCUCUGGUUCCUGAAAGCCAAUGGAAGAACGUGGAUGAGGGCCGCGCUUCUAAGGAGGAGGAAGGCUUUGGUGCCUGUCUCUUUCUGACUGGCUGACUGGUCCACUAACACCAAGCAACACUCUCACCAGGGCAAAUAACGGGCAGAGUAAAAGUCCUUCAUUGCUCACCCCUCUCCCCUUUCCACCCUCACCCCCGACCCAGGCACGUACGCACCGGACCAUGUCUAGUGGGCUGUCGGAGGAACCCCAAACAGAGGACCUGGAGCGGAGUAGCUGCAAACAGGACUCUCCUGUCAUAGAGCGCAGGAAUCGGAGUGGCAUCAUCAGCGAGCCCCUCAGCAAGAGCCUUAAGAACUCGCGUACCCUAUCUCAAUAUACAGCGGUCUCCUCUGCCACCACCAAUGGACACACGGACAAUAGCUCAACGAAGAGCCACUCGGCCAAACAUCAACCGCCCCCAGCUCCCCAAGCCACUGUCUCCACACUAACAGCAGCCAAGUUGGACAGAACCUUAGAACAGGUUCUGGAGGGACAAAAUGGCCUGCUGCACUUUGCCCAGGCAGCAGCGCUGCUAAAGCGAGCCGGUAUGGAGCACAUGCUCUUGCCUGGGGGCAUGGGAGUGGGAGUUGGCGGCGGAGACGCAGGCUCGGGGGCUAGCGACUUGGAGGGUACGUCUGUCACGGACGCCGUAGGUGGUCCCGUUGACUUCCCAUAUGGAGUAGGGAGCGGCUUCCCCUUCAAUCCGGGCCUUUUCAUCAUGACACCGGCUGGAGUCUUUCUGGCGGACAGCGCGCUUCACAUGGCUGGCUUGACCGAAUACCCGGCACAGAGCGAGCUGGCCUCUGCUAUCAACUCCGGCAAAAAGAAACGGAAACGCUGCGGCAUGUGUCCGCCUUGCCGACGGCGGAUUAACUGCGAGCAGUGCAGCAGCUGCCGGAACAGAAAAACAGGCCACCAGAUCUGCAAGUUUCGCAAAUGUGAGGAGCUGAAGAAGAAACCCUCUGCUGCACUGGAGAAGGUGAUGCUUCCUACAGGAGCAGCGUUCCGGUGGUUCCAGUAGGGCUCCUCCUCCGCUCCUUUCCCAAAGCUCUGCCAUCAAGUGCAAUGCCAACUCCUGGAUUGACUCCGGAACAGACACUGGUUAAUAAGCAAACUAGCAACGAAUAAAAUUCUAUAUAUAUAUAUAAAAAAAAACAAACAAACAAAAACAAAGCAGAAAAAAAAACAAACAAUCGGAUUAUGGAUGCACCUACUUAUUCCUUGAACCAAAAAUGAAGCGUAAAAGAAAAGCAUCUAUGGCAACUUUUCAUUCCCUUUUUCUAUGUUUCCAUUUUUCAUACCUUUUUGUCCUUUUCCCAGCUGGAUUUUUUCUCUUUUUUUGGUUUCUGUCUCUUAAACACGGAACUGCUCAUUGCCAGAAACAGAAAUAGCGGACAGAUGGUGGACAAUCAACUAAUUUCUGUGUUUGGUGUUAAUGUUGUUCAUGUGUGAAAAGAUUCGGUACUUGUGUAGAGAAUGUAAAUUUACAGCUAUAUUUUAAAGCUAGCGGCUAAUGGCAAACAUCGUAACUCUUCACUGUUAUGUUACCUAAACCCUUGUCUAGUUUAUGGUUAAGUUUGUUGAAGAUGGAGGCAGAAAGUGAUUUAAAAUGUGACGCUGUCAAGUUCAGAGUGAAAUGAAAGUGAAUAUUAUUGCUGGGCAAAACUCUCUGAGUUUAAGCCAUCACUACUGUAAUCUCCUUAAUGAGCUCUCCUCUGCAUUUCCAAACUUUUCCUUUCUUGUAAGACUGGCAGCCUUAUGUUACUGUGGCCCUACUGAGCAUGUGCCAGUACUGCUCAGGGCAAUAGCACCAAGCAACAGCACUUGCUCUAAGUCUACCCUACUGAAUGCACUGAAAAAGUUGCAUUUCUUUUUUUUUUUUUGUAAUUGUUGGUUUAUUUGUUAAAUUUUCAUGAGAUUUUUUUUUUGUUAAGUUGCUGGGUAGCUGCAGCUUUUGAGAAAAACAAAUAACUCAAUCUUUGUAUUUGUUUAGGAAAUUCGACUGGUUUUGUGAAUAAAAGGAAUGCAUGUAUUUGUGUCGAACUUUACAAUUCUGAAGUUUGGUCUGAUUGUCUGUUUGCAUGUUUUUUUUAUAAAAUGAAAUUUUCCACGG